UCCGCCGCGCGACCCUGAGCGCCGGAACCAGCCGGCUGUGGCGACCUUCGCCAUUACUCCCUCGGUCCCUGAGACCUGAUUGGGCGGAAAGUGAACGCCGAUGCUAUGGAGGCUCCUUGGUCACCCCGUCUGGGUCCAGGUCACCUGCCCUGGGUUAAAGACACACUGAGGGAGGGCACCCUGGCUCCUUUGCAGGGGGAAGUUCUCGAGGUUUAGGGGGCACAGCUGAUGGGCUAGGGGCCGGGGAUACCAAGACGAUUAUGACACAGUCCUCUCCCCAAAGUGUGCACAUACCUGCGGAGGCCAGGCGCAAAAGCACAGAGUGGCACUAGCACGGAUGGGGCGCGGAGCAUGCGGGAUUCCCCGACCAGGGAUCGAACCCGGGCCCAUGGCAGUGAAAGCACUUAGGCCUAACCACUGGACCACCAGAUUUUGAAUAUUUGAACUUUCCAUCAGAAUAAUGUCAAAUGACAGCACAAAAUCAGGACAUUCAUCUAGAAUUCAUCAGAAAAAUGAUCCACAACAGGUCUCUGAUAGAACAUUUUUCAUUGACGCUUCUAAUCAGAGCUUGCUUACCAUUCCAGCGGAGAUUUUAGGCUUACGAGAAUUAGAGGAAGUGCAUCUGGAAAACAACCAGAUUGCAGAAAUCCCCAAGGAUAUUCAGCAUUUAAGGAACGUCAGGAUCCUCUACCUGAACAAGAACAAGCUGAAGAAUCUGUGCCCCGAGCUGGGGAAGCUGAGCAACCUGGAGGGCCUGGACCUGAGCGACAACCCGCUCCCGGCCUCGUCCCUUCGGGUCCUCAGCGGCAUGCGCAAGUUGCGUGAGCUCCGCCUCUACCGCACGGACUUGGCGGAGAUCCCCAUCCUCGUGUGUAAACACCUUCACCACCUCGAGCUGCUCGGACUGGCGGGAAACCACCUGAAAUCUCUGCCCAAGGAAAUGGUGAACCAGACCAAGCUGAGGGAGAUCCACCUGAAGCGAAACCAACUUGAAGUUUUCCCUCUGGAGCUGUGUGGUCUCUACAACCUGGAGGUCGUCGACCUGGAUGAGAACAAGCUAAGUGUCAUCCCAGAAGAGAUUGGGAACCUGACGAAGCUGCAGAAGUUCUACGUGGCGUACAACAGCCUGCCUGUUCUCCCGGAGUCGCUGUGCCAGUGUUCCAAGCUGUCGGUGCUGGAUUUAUCCCACAAUCGCCUCCACUCCAUCCCGCACACCCUGGCCGAGCUCUCGCAGGUGACGGAGAUUGGGCUGAGCGGGAACCGCCUGGAGAAGGUGCCGCACCUCCUUUGCAGGUGGACCUCGCUGCACCUGCUCUACCUGCACAACACCGGCCUGCGGGUGCUGCGCCGCCCCUUCCGACGCCUGGUUAACCUGCGCUUCCUCGAUCUCAGCCAGAACUAUCUGGAACGCUGUCCGUUGCAGAUCUGUGAGCUGCAGAACCUGGAAAUCCUGGCGCUGGAUGAUAAUAAAAUAUGCCAGAGUCUUAAAGAGCUGUAUGUAGAGAACAAUUAUCUCAAGUACCUGCCUGUAUCCUUGGGAUCAAUGCCCAACUUGGAAAUUCUUGAUUGCCGCUGCAAUCUGAUUAAGCAACUUCCAGAUGCCAUUUGCCAAGCACAAGCUUUGAAAGAAUUACGGCUCGAGGACAACUUGAUCACCCAUCUUCCAGAGAAUCUGGAUAGUCUAGUGAAUCUAAAAGUUCUGACACUGAUGGGCAAUCCCAUGGAAGAACCCCCAAUGAUAGUGUGUGCCGAAGGCACUGAGGCUGUAUGGGCGUACCUUAAAGAGAGAAGAAAUAUGAAGACAAUGGCAACAAAGAUUCAGGCAUGGUGGCGUGGAAUAAUGGUACGCAAAGGAUUUGGGAAAUUUGAAGACCUGCUGAAAUUGCAAAAGAAGGGAAGGAAUUCUCCAAAAGAUAAGAAAGGAAAGAAGGAUGUAAAAGGAAAAUCUGUAAAGAAAAAUAAGAAAUAAUUCUAUAAAUGUAUGAAUUGAGGUAAUGAACCCUGAUGGAUUAAGAGGGCAAAAUCUCUAGGAAUUAGAUGCCUACCACACAAAAAUUAUUCACAGAGUUAUGGUUAUUUAUAAAAAUAAAGGUUCUUUUACUGAAAUGUUGAUGGAUAAAAAUGCUAUGAUGCCUGGGAAUUGCUUCAGAAUAA